AUGGGUACCCCGGAGUUAAAUUUUUAUAUUAACAAGCAUCGAAAGGCAUAUGAAGAGCGGCUGAAAAGAGAACAACAGAACCUUCAGGGGAAAACUCCCGAGGGGAAAAGUGCAACGGAGGUGGAAGGGGAGAAGGAGAAGAUUACCUCCAGUGAAGUGGCCAAUGAAAAAUUCAAUGAAGCCAAUAGUUGGAGCAGAGAUCUGCAGGAGGGUUAUAGUCAACAUGCUAGUCAGGGGGACGCUACGAAAAAGUUCACCAAGGAUGAGAAUAUUAACCAAGUCGAUGCAGACUACCUAUUUGCCCUGAAAUUGAAUGAGGCCUUGAAUGGACACGCUGAACCCCUCAGCGUGGCGAACGAAAAUGACAUGAGUAGUGUAAACAGGAAGGAAGAUGCCGAGAGGAACGAAGGUGGAGAGGACGAUGUUAGGAAGCCAGACAACUCUUAUGUCGAAUGUCUCCUAGGGGAUAAUAACUAUAUGCCUUUUUGUGCAAAUUACAACGUAGGAAGAAAUUCCAAUACGAAUCAGAACCCACUAUCCCCCAGUGGAAGAAGCAGGAGGAGCGGCCACCAUGUGGAUCAUGUCGGAGAAGGUUCUACGUACGGGCCAUACAACCUUCGUACUAGGAACAACCGAAUGAAUGGCUUCCGGGAUAGAAACCAAUUCACCAGCCACCGUGAUAGGCGUUAUUCACCCCAUUUUAACAAUCCUCAUGAACCCAUUAAUAUUUCUUUAAGCUCCGAUGAUGAGGAAGGAGAAGUUCAAGUAAAUAAUGAGGUAGCGAAAAGUUACUUUUCAAAAGAUGAUGGGAUAAGAAGCAGGAGCGAGGUUUUCUAUGUUCCUGAUGAGAAUUUAUCUUUGACGCCAAGGCAGAAUAAGCCAAAUGGGCAGAGCAAUCUGGAUAGACCAUUUUCCGCCCGGGGGGCAGAUUCAAAGGAAGAAGUAACAAUCGUUGAGGGGAAGGGACAUGAACAUUUUUCCGAUGAAGGGGGUACGUCGGAUGUGUGUAUUCAGACAUAUGAAGGAAAAGGAGGAGAGGAAAUCCCCAGGAUGAUGGAAAGUGAAAAUAAUUUUUCCUUCCAAUCUGUAGAGGCACAAGGUAGUAGAGGCUCACGAGCCAGACAUUACAACAACUGUGGAGCGGGACUUGAAGCAUCCAAAUGUACAGUGGAGAAAUCUGUCCAUGGAGUGUGUGAUGUAUAUAACGAUCACUUUAGUUUCACCAAUAGGGGGGCAUUUCCACUUGUUCGGAGUGCAGCCACAGAGGGGGGACACCCACCUAAAGAAGGGGGAGAAUACCUCAACGGGAAUAAUAAGCCAGUUAAGAGCAACUGUGUAGAUUCGUAUCCAUGUGAUGAUUACUCAGAAGAAGGAAGGUACUACGUGCACUACGAACCGAUUAAUCAAAGUGGAAAGGACAAGGAGAAAAAUAAGUCGUCCACAUUUGAAGGUGUAUACGAUGUGGAUAUAUAUGGUGAUAGAGCAGACAACGAGUCAAGGUUCUUAUCCAGGAAAAAGAAUCAUAACGAAGGAGAAAGAACAAAAAAUACGAAAAGCGAAUACUACAAGGCACACGCACAGGCCGUUAAUGAUGUUAUCCCCUUGGAGGGAAAAGACCUGAUUGGAGGUUGCUCUUCUCCAUAUAAAAUAUGGGAGAAGAGGGGUAGAAGGAAAGCGAAAGACAUCACCCAGGUGGAUAGAAUUCAUAGUGAUGAAGGGUUGUGUCCUCAGCUCUCCCAACAAGGUAGUGCACCUAAGAUGACAUACACUUUGAGAUCGUCCAGAAAAAAAAACACUAAUGAGAAAAUUGAAGAUCCUUACUUCUGCAAAGGUGAAAGUUACGAGGCACAAAAGGGACGUGGUCAGGGGGGUACCCGUGAAGAUUGCCCUGAGGAUGGCUCAUUGAACCACAAAACGGAUUUGGGAAUGAGGAGCGAAUCACAUGAGAGGAGCAGCCCAAACAUCGAUGUAUGUAAUAGGGGAGAGCACCUAAAGAGCGGAAUGACGUAUGCUGAGAUGGGUAUGUGCAUCACACAAGGUGAGCCCUCCCCUUUGAAUAUGCUUCAUCUUGAGAAGGGAAACCGUGUAGAGCCAGGUGUAAACGAUUGUUCUGUGAACAGAGCUUUGAUGGAGAUGGAUGACAGUGCACAGGUGUUUGCAGAGAUGACUAGUAAGUGUGCACCCGCUGAGAAAAGCAGUGUUUGUUUCCCCUUUGAGUCUCUACACCUGAGGGGGGUUUCCUCAGUUGGGGAAAUCGAACAGGAGGGUACUCUCCACUCCGGAAGAAAUGAACAUCCCGAACGGUUUAGGGAUAGGAACUUUACAAUGAACCAUUGCCAGGAUGGCAUAAAUAUUAAUACGUUCAACGGAACAGAUGGAGGGUUGAGUGAGGGAUAUACCCAGGUGUUGUUGCGUAAUUAUGUAGAAGGGGGAAAGUGGCCUGAUGCGCCUGGAAAUCAGUCCAGUAUGUUACGUGAUGUCCAUUUCAGUGGAGAAGUAUCUUCAUCAUCCCGCAUGGUGAAGUCUCUCUGUGGUGAGAAGAUCGCACAAAAUGAAUUUCUCCAUCCCAACGCCUACGAUGCACCCAAGUACAAGAUGGUGCCAGCACAUAGUGGAACUAAUUUGCAAGGGAAAUCGGAAGAGAAGAGCAAAAGUGAGGGUCGAAACGGAUAUGUGAACAACGACAAGACGCUAAACCGAUUUAAUGGGACAAGCUACAGUAAAUUUUUCACAAAUGGGAAGAGUUCUUUUGUUUGCACUUUAGAAGAACCGACACGGGAGAUGUACAUCAUUGACGAAGGCACAACAUCGCGUGAGCCACAUUCUACAUAUGAACAGAAUGUCGACCACCAUCACAUGGGGGGUUACAACCAAAGGGUGAUGCUCAAAGAUAAUGCGCAACAGAUUGAUCAUAUGAAGAGAGAAAAUGUAGGUUCAGUUAAAGCGGAAGAAACACAGAUGGAGCAAGUACAAGAAGAAGGACAUGCUGUAAAUUCACGUGAAGGUGAUGUGCAUGCAAACCAUGACGCUUCCGGUCAGAGUUACGAAAGAGGUAUGGAUGACAACACCACUUCUGCGAUAGACCAGUGUGAUGAAGAAAGCGCUAACAAUGAGGAUCUCAGUGUGCAACAGGCCAUCAUUAACAGUUUAAUUGAUUUUUAG